AUGGAAGACAAAGAGAAGAAAGCUCAUCGUCCACGUCAAGCUGGUUCCAAAAAAGAUAAGAAAGAUAAAAAGGAUAAAAAAAAGAAACCCCAAGAAAAAAACAAUCCAAAGGCGUUUGCUCCUUUCUCUGGGAAAAAAGCUGACAAACUUGCUCGUCGUAAACAAGAGCUUCUCCAAAAGAAACUUCAUGUUCCACUCGUAGAUAGAACACCUAUAGAACCACCACCUAUUGUGGUUGCUAUUGUUGGCCCACCACAGACUGGUAAAACUACUUUGAUAAAAUCACUGGUAAAAAGAUACACUAAACAUAAUCUUACAGAAGUUAAAGGACCAAUUACAGUUGUUAGUGCUAAAAUAGCUGAUUUAGUGCUACUUUUAAUUGAUGCAAGUUUUGGUUUUGAAAUGGAAACAUUUGAAUUUCUUAAUAUUUUACAAGCUCAUGGAUUUCCUAAAAUAAUAGGUGUUCUGACACAUUUGGACAAAUUUAAAAAUAACAAAGUUUUAAAAAAUACCAAAAAAAGAUUAAAACAUCGUUUCUGGACAGAAAUUUAUCAAGGAGCAAAGCUUUUUUAUCUGACUGGUAUAAUAAAUGGCCGAUAUUCUAAUAACGAGAUACAAAAUCUUUCAAGAUUCAUUUCUAUUAUGAGGUUUCGUCCGCUGAUUUGGAGGAAUACUCGUCCAUAUUUGGUGGCUGAUCGUGUUGAAGAUUUAACUGAUCCCGAAGAAGUUAGAUUAAAUCCAUUGUGUGAUCGUACUAUAACUUUAUAUGGUUAUCUACGAGGAACAAAUAUGAAAAGUAAUAUGAAGGUUCAUAUACCUGGUGCUGGAGAUCAAUGCAUUUCAGACAUUUCUAUUUUAUCAGAUCCCUGUCCUCUUCCUGAAAAAGUAAGGAGGAGUCUCAGUGAAAAACAAAAACUUAUUUAUGCUCCAAUGUCUGAUGUAGGAGGUGGUCGUGAUGAUGAAGAAGGUGGUCGUGAAGAGGGAGGUGAUUGUGAUGAUUGCGAAGUAGGUUUUGAUUUUGGUGAUGAUUGUGAUUUUGAAGAAGAGACAUUAGAUUUUAAUAUAUGA